AUGGUUCAAUCGCCUAUGAUCUCGUGUCCGCUCAAGCAGACCAACGAGAUCGAUUGGAUUCGACCCCUCAAGGACUACAUCCGUCAGAGCUACGGUGAAGACCCCGAUCGCUACAGUUCAGAAUGCGCGACCCUCAACCGCUUGCGCCAGGACAUGAGGGGCGCGGGGAAGGAUAGUGCGACAGGCCGCGACCUGUUGUAUCGGUAUUACGGACAGCUGGAACUUUUGGACCUGAGGUUUCCGGUCGAUGAGAACCAUAUCAAGAUCUCCUUCACUUGGUAUGAUGCCUUUACCCAGAAGCCUACUUCGCAAUACUCGUUGGCGUUCGAGAAAGCAUCGAUUAUCUUCAACAUCUCCGCCGUUCUGUCAUGCCAUGCGGCAAACCAGAAUCGCGCCGAAGAUACCGGUCUCAAAACCGCGUAUCACUCUUUCCAAGCAUCUGCAGGCAUGUUCACGUAUAUCAACGAGAAUUUCCUCCACGCGCCGUCGACCGAUUUGAACCGGGAAACUGUUAAGGCUCUGAUCAACAUCACCCUCGCACAAGGCCAAGAAGUAUUCCUGGAGAAGCAGAUCGCGGACAAUAAGAAGGCCGGUCUACUCGCAAAACUUGCAAGUCAGUCCGCCUACCUGUACUCUCAGGCCGCUGAGGGAAUGCAGGAGUUUGUAAAGGGAAUCUUCGACAAAGUGUGGACAAUCGUUGUGCAAGCCAAGGCGGCGCACAUGGCCUCCGUAGCAUCCUACUACCAAGCCUUGACGGACAGCGAAAGCGGAUCACACGGUGUGGCCAUUGCUCGGCUGCAGCUGGCAGAGAAGAACUCAACCGCAGCACUAGGAUGGGCCAAGUCUUUCCCAUCAUCGGUUUCCCCGAAUGCCAAUUUGAGCUCCGAGUCGGGCACCAACCUCCUCGACAUCAUCAAGUAUCAUCUUGCCAAUGUUCAAGCCAAGCUUACCGUAUUUAUGAAGGACAACGACUUCAUCUAUCACCAACCCAUUCCCAGCGAGGCAGGUUUGUCAGCUGUUGCGAAGCUGCCUGCCGCAAAGGCAAUUCCUGUCAGCGAGCUCUAUCAAGGCCAGGAUAUCCAACGUAUCAUCGGCCCGGAUAUCUUCCAAAAACUGGUCCCGAUGUCCGUUACGGAAACGGCCAGUCUCUACGAUGAAGAGAAAGCCAAGCUGAUCCGUGCGGAAACCGAGAAAGUUGAGACGGCGAAUGGAGAAAUGGCGGCCAGUCUUGAUUAUCUGAAACUUCCGGGUAGCUUGAAUAUCCUUAAAGGGGGGAUGGACCAGGAGGUGACUGUGGAUGAUGAAUUCCGACGAUGGUGCCAGGAGCUUGCGGGUCAUCAACCAUUUAUCAAGGCCUUCGAUGGGCUACAGGAUCGCAAAGUGGAGAUUCUCGCGCAACUAGACCAGUGUUCUAAACAAUUGGACCUGGAGGAGAGUGUAUGCGAAAAGAUGCGCUCCAAAUACGGAGCGGAUUGGAGUCAGCAGCCCAGCGCCAGGCUGAACACUACUCUACGGGGCGAUAUUCGAACUUAUCGAGACACCAUCAAUGAAGCGAGUGCCAGCGACUCACAGCUACUGUCUACUCUGCGGCAAUACGAGGCAGACUUCGAUGAGAUGCGAUCUGCAGGUGAAACAGACGAAGCUGAAGUACUCUUCCAGCGUGCCAUGAUCAAAGCUGGCUCCAAGCAGGGCAAGGGUAAAAAUGGGCUUGGUAGCCCGUACGCACCAACGGCGGAAGGAAGCUUGAUUGAUGAUGUGUACGACGAAGGCAGCUCUUCGGUGUCAGAGCAAAUCGCAAGAGUCGAAGCUAUAUUGAAGAAACUGAACCUGGUCAAGAGAGAACGGGCUCAGGUCUUGAAAGACUUGAAGGAUAAGGUCCACAACGACGACAUCUCCAACGUUCUGAUACUCAACAAGAAAACCAUUUCUGGACAGGAGAGUCAGCUUUUCGAAGCGGAGCUGGAGAAAUUCCGUCCGCACCAGAACCGACUCCUCCAGGCCAAUCAUAAGCAGGCUUCCCUGAUGAAGGAGCUUACGAAGAUAUACGGUGAUCUCCUGCAGGACAAACGAGUACGCGCCGAGCAAUCAAAGUACGAAGCCAUCACCCGUCAACGCAAUACGGUGAUGUCCCGAUACAAGAAGAUAUACGAUGCAUUCAAUGGUCUCCUGUCGGGUACGGCGCAAGCCCAGACCUUUUACAAGGAGAUGACCGAUACCGUAGACAGCCUGAAGAAGAACGUUGAGACCUUUAUCAACAAUCGGCGAUCCGAAGGCGCCCAACUGCUAGGCCAAAUCGAGCGGGAGAAGGCAAGCAAUGCCACUGAGCAGGAAGACCGCGAACGGGAGAAGCUGCGACAGCUAAUGGAGCGCCUGUCUACGGAACCCAAGACAUCAUCAACUCCUUCCUCCGCGACGACCGCGCCGUCCAAGGUCAAGUCCCCUCCUCCCGCCAUUCAGACGCCCGCAUAUCCCAACCCCGCCAUAUCUUCACCGAAGAUGUCCCCACGGUACCCUCCCAAUGUUGGGGGACAGCCUCAGGGCAUCCCUAUCUCGCAUUCACCUGCCCCCUACGGACAGUACAUGGGCCACGCACCAGGUGUUUCCUACGUCCCAGGACAGACGUUCCAACAAGGCGCAGCAGCGCCUCUCUCAGAGGGCUACAACCCAAUGGCCUACCCCGUCCCUCCGGCCGUCUCUCCCCCGCCAAACUUCUACACGUCCACCCCUACUCCAUUCAGCUACGCCGGGCCCACUCCGCCAGCAGCGCCAUCCUCCUUUAUGCCCCAGGGUUACGUUCCGCCUCCUCCGCCGCCCCGUCCUCAGCAGACCAAAUACCCCUCCACGACGGGGCCGUACCCAACGGGUCCUGGUGGCUACGCCCAGAGCAGACCCUACGGCACAUCCCAGCACCACAAAGCUCCCUCGCAGUCCCAACCCCAAUCUACAUCUGCGUCUGGCAACGACCCCUGGGCUGGCCUGAAUGCAUGGAAAUGA